AUGGCAAGGGUGUCGGAACGCUUCUUCGAGGCCCCCGUUAAAUGUGGCUGCGUAACGCACGUGAACCUGCAGAUGCACAACAGGUUUGCCAGCGAGCAACUCAACGUUUCGUGGCGGAUGGCGCAAGGGCUCGCGUGUAGCCGUGCCUGUGCGACGCGCCCCCGUCACACCCGCGGCGCCGUUGGCCUUCCAGAAGCACACACAUUACCAAACGCUCCUCGAGGGGGAAAUCACACAACUGCGGUCAUCCAAACCGACUUCUGUAUCGGUGAGGGGUGCAACUGCGCAGAGCGCCUCGUUGGCGACGAAAAUCAGGCCAUCGGGGUUCGUAAUAAACGUGGUGGUGUGGUCGCGAUUCUUUUCGUCAAGCUUGGCGGCGCGUUCCUUCUGUGCGUCCUUCAUAUUGGCGCAGCCGUGCGUAGACAUGGCGAGCUGCGCCCGUCUCUUUCGACCCUACCCUCCGAGUCGCACUGGUAG